AUGGAGGUGCCUGCGGGCAACUCAGAGUUGUGCAGCGGGGACCAGAAAGUGGAGCCGGACCACGCAACACCAUGGGGGUGGGCCAAUCCACAUAUGGAUCCCACAGCUGCCGAUUUCGUGCUCUUUGCGCAUCUUAUACCGUGCUGCCAACAUUUCGUGGCUGAUUCGGAACCCAAGGUGGCGUUCGAGGCGGCCAUGAACGCACGCAAGGCUCGCUUUGGCGCCCACAACCGGUUCCUGGAGUACCUGCUGAACCACCCCGUGAACCGCGGCAUCGGGCAGACGCUGGCGUCGAAGGACUUGACGGCGAUUGAGGAGCGCAGUGCUUCGUGGGAGCUGGUGAUCUGCCUCAUGCGCAACAUCCUCUGCCACGAGUACUGCUUCGGGUGGAGCUCUCCCUGUCUGGGCCAUCUCUCCGAUUCGGAGGAGCUGUGGCGCGACCUGCUCCUCUUCGCCCAGCUGAUCCCGUGCCGGUCCAACAACGCGAUCGUGGACAUCCAAUUCGAAGAGGAGAUGUUGGCCAUGGCCGAAACCAAGGACUUUGGCGAUUGGGAGGUAAACAAGCACGGCACCGCCACCGCCACCGCCACCGCCACCGCCACCGCCACCGCCACCGCCACCGCCACCGCCACCGCCACCGCCACCGCCACCGCCACCGCCACCGCCACCGCCACCGCCACCGCCACCGCCACCGCCACCGCCACCGCCACCGCCACCGCCACCGCCACCGCCGCCACCGCCACCGCCACCGCCACCGCCACCGCCACCGCCACCGCCACCGCCACCGCCACCGCCACCGCCACCGCCACCGCCACCGCCACCGCCACCGCCACCGCACACGACGCACGCUGUGCGCGCAGAGAGGGUGUUGGCCUCAAGAAAGGGGUGGACUUCCUUCCCAGGAUGAUGGUCAUUCGGCUGAUGCGCAACAUCCUGUGCCACGAGCGGAGCAUGCGCUUCGAUGGUCUGCGCCAAUUUGCGCGCAAGACGCUCGACUACUUCAGGGAACGCGCCCACUUCCACGACUUCCUGGCCCUCUACCAGGCCCACUGCCGCGGCCGGCCGCGCCUGCUCGCCGGUGCUCUGCCUGCCCACGUCAUCACCGCAUUUUUCUCUGUCGACUGA